UUAACAUUCUGACAUUUAGGACUCUCGAUGGUCCCUAAUUCUAGGUUCACACUGGAGGCAGAAGUGCCAAAAAUCAGCGCGGAGAGGCGCGGAGUGGAGUGCAUGACCAAACAUGAUCGGUUUUGUCAAUCACAGUGUUUUAUUGUGAACAAUUGGUUAUAUUUUGAAAAAAUAAACCAAAUUUUCUUAUGUAUCUUGAUAUAUAACUUCCUGCCAGAAUUGACGCGGAUCACUCGAUGCAGAAUCGAUCCGCUGCACGGCGUGAGCCUUCCGCGGAGGACUGCGGCGCUCCGCGCCUGGUGUUACCCACGCCACAGCUUAACAAGGACGCAAAAUAAAGGCGACUCCUGUUUCGCUUCUUCCCCAUCCAGUGUGAACCAGGCAUUACUGUGUCGCAAUUUACCCUUUUGUGCAAUUUUCCAUUUUUUUUAUUUUUUAUUUUCUAAAGCUCUUUGUUUUCUGUGUUUUGAUUGGCUGUAGACUACUUCCAGUCAGUCUCCGCUCUGCAGUGUCUCCCAUACAGAAGGUGGAGUGAGAUUAAAUGUAUUGCCAGAAAGUGAAGGUUGGACGUACAUUGAACCUCUUUCUUCAGGUUUUUCAAGUGGUCUGUGCGUGUGCCUGCGUGAUUACCCCCACCCCCCCUUCUGCCAGGGACUGGUGAAUGGCAGCCAAUGGGCGGGUGGAGUCCCCCAGCCUCGCUGACAUCCAGCGGAGUGAUGCAGCGCCACUGAGAGCGCAGUCGGGGUUGGAGCACCGGGCACCGGAGGCUGCAGAGCGGAGACGGAGCGGGCGCUGCCGCGGCUCCCCGGGAGCGUGUUUGCUACGGCGACGGAAGCAGGUACCGACCGCUGCCUCAUGUGAGACGAGGACCCCCCCCCUCCAGCUUUGCUAGAACACAGCAUGAACCCGGUUCUCCAUCCAGACCACUGAGGACGGCGUAAGAGAGAGAGCGGCGUGGGGGGCGUGGCCAUGGAUAGAAGGAGCGUUUGUUUCCUGAUGGUGCUGUGGGCCGUGGCCCACCUGGGUUCUCCGGCGGACGGGUUCAGAGCCCUGCGGAGGACUACAGGGGGGCGGAAGGGGUCUCCGGGACUCACGGGACAGGACGCCAACGGCGUGCCGCUCAGACGCUCCAAGCGAGGAUGGAUGUGGAACCAGUUCUUCCUGCUGGAGGAAUACACCGGGACGGACAUGCAGUACGUCGGGAAGCUUCACUCCGACUCGGACCGAGGCGACGGCAGCGUGAAGUACGUCCUCACCGGGGAGGGGGCCGGGACCCUCUUCAAGAUCGAUGAAAAUUCGGGGGACAUCCACGCCACCAAGAGGCUGGACCGAGAGGAGAAGGCCUUCUACAUCCUCCACGCCAAAGCCGUCGACCGGCAGACCAACGAGGCGCUGGAGGGCGAGUCCGAGUUCAUCAUCAAGAUCCACGACAUCAACGACAACGCGCCGCGCUUCACCAGGGACCCGUACUCGGCCCGGGUGCCGGAGAUGUCUGACAUCGGAACUUCGGUGAUCCAGGUGACGGCCAUCGACGCGGACGACGCCACGUACGGGAACAGCGCCAAGGUGGUGUACAGCAUCCUGCAGGGGCAGCCGUACUUCUCUGUGGAUCCGGAAACGGGCCUCAUCAAGACCGCCCUGUCCGGCAUGGACCGCGAGGUCAAAGAGAACUACCUGGUGGUGAUCCAGGCCAAAGACAUGGCGGGCCAGAUGGGCGGGCUCUCGGGGACCGCCACCGUCAGCGUCACGCUCGCCGACGUCAACGACAACCCGCCACGCUUCACCAAGACUCUGUACGAGUUCAGAGUCCCCGAGUCCAGAGAGCUGGGCGGGUCCGUGGGCGUGAUCCGGGCCAUGGACGCCGACAUCGGGCAGAACGCAGAGAUGGACUACCGGAUCAUCGGGAGCGACGGCCCGGGGAUGUUUGACAUCGUCAGCAACAGGAGCACGCAGGAGGGCGUCAUCGUGCUCAGAAAGCCUCUGGACUUUGAGAAGAAACGCCAGUACAGCCUGCGCGUCCAGGUGGAGAACGUCCACAUCAACCCUCGCUUCUACAAGAUGGGGCCUUUCCGGGACGAGGCCUCGGUCCGGAUCACGGUGGAUGACGUGGACGAGCCGCCGCUGUUCGAGCGGCCCAGCUACGUCAUGGAGGUCAGAGAGGACGCGGGCAGGAACGCCAUCAUCGGCUCGGUCAGCGCCGCCGACCCGGACGACAAACGCAGCCUGGUCAGGUACACGAUCGAUCGGCGCACCGACAUGGACAGAGUGUUCGACAUCCACGCGGGGAACGGGUCGGUGUACCUCCUCAGGGAGCUGGACCGCGAGGAGAACGCCUGGCACAACAUCUCCGUCAUCGCCUCGGAGUUCAACAACCCGCGGCUGAUCAGCCGCGCGCCCGUGUUCAUCCGAGUGCUGGACGUCAACGACAACGCUCCGACAUUUGCCACCAAUUAUGAGACGUUCGUGUGCGAGAACGCCAAGGCUAAUCAGAGGAUUCAGACCGUCAGCGCCACAGAUCCCGACGAACCAAUCGGAGGACACCGCUUCAUCUUCAGUCUGGCCCCAGAGGCUGCUGGGAAGGCCAACUUCUCCGUCCGCGACAACAAAGACAACACGGCGUGGAUUCUGACCCGGAGGAACGGCUACAGCAGCCUGCAGAGGAGCGUCCACCACGUCCCCGUGGUCAUUUCUGACGGAGAGAUCCCGGCGCUGAGCAGCACCAGCACGCUCACCGUCCGAGUGUGCACGUGCGACCGCGAGGGCAACAUGAAGCUGUGCAACCCGGAGGCUCUGACGGCGAGGGCGGGGCUUAGCACCGGCGCACUGGUGGCCAUCUUGCUCUGCGUCAUUAUUCUGCUCAUGAUCGUGGUGCUGUUCGCUGCCCUGAGGAGGCAGAGGAAGAAGGAGCCUCUGAUCAUCUCCAAAGAGGAUGUCAGAGACAACGUCGUCAGCUACAACGAUGAAGGCGGAGGAGAGGAGGACACGCAGGCCUUUGAUAUCGGCACGCUGCGCAACCCCGAGGCCAUCGAGGACAGUAAACAGAGGAGGGACAUCGUCCCCGAGACCUUCUACCCCCCGGUGAGACGGCCGGUGCUGCCCCCGUCCCGGGACAAUAACGGGGACGUGAGGGACUUCAUCAGCCAGAGGCUCCAGGAUAACGACAGUGACCCCACGGCGCCGCCUUACGACUCCCUCGCGACCUACGCCUACGAGGGCAACGGCUCGGUGGCCGAGUCCCUGAGUUCGCUGGAAUCGGUGACCACCGAGGGCGACCAGGACUACAACUACCUGAGCGAGUGGGGGCCGCGCUUUAAGAAACUGGCAGACAUGUACGGCGGGGACGACAGCGAUUCCUAACGAGAACACGGACCAAUCUGCAGGAGGUCGUUCUGCCUGGCGGACCUGUUCAACAAGCAGUUUGGUGAACGACAGAUAUGCCUACGUAUUUUCAGUGUUUCUGGAACAAAACAUGCUGCAUAUUGUGAGUUCUCUCUUAGCUUGUGUUCGUACGGUUUCAUGAAACAGAACGCUGUACAGCUCUUUUCUUUUCUAGGGAUUUCUAUCUUCCAAACGAUCCCGCCCUCCGGAGGACGGCUGCCCCUCCUCCACCGGGGUCGCCGUUGCUGCCAUCGGAAAGUUGCGCUAAAAGGAGUUGCACCUUUUACUUUGACAUCCACUGAUUUCACUCAGUCACAGGUGUUGGUCCAAGGUCAGCCAAUGCUGUCAAAGCCACUGUUAUGUUCUGGUGGUUAGACGACUUUGAUGAGGACGGGUCGAGUUGAGCUGUUUUUGGUUAUAAUGCCGUCACGUUUAAGUCCUAAGGUCAAGAAAAUGUAAGACGUUCUUGGAAGAAGUUACAAUGUUAUUUUAUCGUUUCCAAAUUGUAUUUCUUAACUCAAGAGAUAAACAAAAUAUAAAACAAUUUCAUCUGUUCUUGAACAGAUUCAAAAGUGUUGCCUUAAAUUAUAGAAAAAAAUCUACCAGACGGGUCAGACGCAGAAAAAAUAAAUGCACCUCAUUACUGUCAUUAAAAACCAAACAGAAAGUUUUUUUUUUUCCUUUUCUGGUCAAGUUCCACCAGCAAAGUGGAAUGUAUGAGAAAUUAAGCAAAGGAUAAUGCCCUUCAGAGUGUGAAUUAUCAGAAAUUAACACACAACGUGAAAGCCUGAAUCAUUCAGUGAUAAUGCCCUUCGGAGUGUGCAUUAUCAGAAAUUAACACACAACGUGAAAGCUUAAACUGUCCGAUGAUAAUGUCUUUUAAAGUGUGCAUUAUCAGAAAUAAACAACAUGGAAUCCGUCCAACGAUAAUGCCCUUCGGAGUGGGUGUUAUCGGAAGUUAACACACAGUGUGGAAGCCUGAACCGUCAGACUAUAAUGCCAUUGUCAGUAUUCGUCCUCAGAAAUAAACACAGCGUGAAAGCUUAAGCCGUCCGACGAUAAUGAACUUUGAAAUGUGCAUUAUCAGAAAUUAACACACGACGUAAAAGCCAUUUGAUGAUAACGCCCUGGACUGUUCAUCGAUAAUGCCCUUCCAAGUGUGCGUUAUCAGAAAUGAACACACAAGGUGGACGCCCGUUUCAGGCUUCCACCUUGUGUGUUAAUUUCUGAUAAUGCACACUACAAAGGGCAUCAUCAAGCUUAUAACAAGUUAACUCACAAUAGAAAUAAAUGUUCAAUAGAUUUUUCGUACUUGCUUUUUUUUUCACCAAAAACUGACUAUUUGACAUGUGAUGCGGCGAGUUGUCACGGUAGCAAAACGAUCCACCGCUGAGCCAACGCCGUCCCCGACUACAGCAGCAACAUAUAUGCUGAGAGGGAAAAAAAUCUGUUUUUGUUCAGAAAAUGAUGCAACGUUUGUUUUAAAGAAACCUGCAGAGAUAUAGAACAUUUGGGAUAAGUGACCGGAACUCCUUUUUAGGUGUGCAUUAUCACGUUUUAAUCCACCCCCAGCAGCCAAUCAGAAUCUAGUAUUCGCCCGGACCUUGGUAUAAGAAGCUAUGAAACAGUUUUCCUGUUUUUGGACAAACAGAAGUGAAUCUUAUCCAGUUACAGGUUUGAAAUGGUUUAAUAUGUGAAGUAACUCCCCUCUGUUGAAACUUUAUUUUAAAGUAUCUUCUAACCAGACUGUGACUCCUUCAUUCCUCUCCCUCAUAAUCUGUUUCUCAGGUUAAACUAGAUUGGUUUAACUUCAGCUGUUUCACAAAGUUCAGGUUUUUUCUGACAUAUUUGGUCUUGAAUUUUAGAUUUGUGGCGAGUGAAGGGAUGGCCUAAAGCCGAAUGUGGACAUAUUCCCUCCAAAUGAUUGUUAGUCAACUCACUAAUGAUGAUUUCAGCUGUUUGACGGAGGCAUGCAAACACAACCAUGUGGGCGGGGCUACUGUUUUCCCGUUAUUGCAGCAGAAACGUGCCAAACAGCAGCAGAGCAGCGGUGCGUACCUGUCAGGAGCUCAGUCCGGAGGGUGAGGGGGGGCUGAUUUCCUCGGGGACCAUCAAGACGCUCCGCUUGCAGACACAUAAUGGCGUCCUUGUCUCCCGGAGAAGGUCAUCCCGUCCAGGAGGACGCCGCAGCUUUUAGAGCUGAUUUAGAACUAAAGGAUCUUAAAGCGGCGGCGCUGUCGGGUUCCUGUAAGAGCUGGAGUAAACACGGAGCUUCAGCUGGGAGGGGGCUGACUUUAAAGGUCCACCUGUGCAGAGGCUGACAUUUGCUCCACGGUUUUCCUCCCCAUCGACCAUUAAACCAACCUGCUGACCGGACGCUACGGCACAGCCGGGUUUAGAAACUGCAAAGGAAACAGCCUGAACAGGAAACCUCACAGAAAUCGACGUUUUUGAUCCGUAUUUGACUGUUUUCGUACGAGCCGUCGGCGCACCACGCCCGCGUGCUUCUAUUGGACGGUGAAAAGCCACGCCCCCGCGUCUGGUUUAUUCUUGUUUUAGGGCAAACGAGUGGAGAGUUGCUCCAGAAGUGUAGAUGUUUGGUUGUUGAUGUUGGCGCGGCCUCGGGGUUCUGGUCGUGUUUAGUCCAUGUAGAAACGGCGAGGCCGAGGUAGGGGGAGGGGCCGUCCAUCACACUGCUUUGUAAACCGUGAUAUUUUGUACUGGAUAUUUAUAUGACGAUUAAACCUCUUUCAAAAGCC